AUGUCCGACGCAAGCAGUACGUCCGCAGCUUCGUCAUGCUUGCUCCCGCUGGACACUGCACUGAUCCACAAGUACGGCAUGGAAUUCCACGCACUCUUGACGAUGGACGGCCCUGGUGCAAAGAAGAAGAGCAAAAUGACGGGUGUAGUGUUUCACCCCGUUCGUCCGUGGGUCGCUGCGGUAGAAUCCAAGGACGUCGGCAUUGUGUGGAACUAUGAAACGAAGGAAGUGAUCAAACGCUUCACAUUACAGAUUGGCGACGAGAUCCCUGCAAGUUCCGAUGACCCCGCCACCGUCGCGACACCCCCGUCCGUGGUCUUGACAAAAUCGAUGGCGCUCUCAAGCACAUUCUCACCCAAACUUGGCAAAGCGAAAUCCACGGCGGUGCUCUUGUUUUUUGACCGCGAGGCCAUCUCGCACGCGUCAGGCAUUUCCCGUGGCAUCGACUGCUUUGAAGAGUGGCUGGUCAUUCUGACCACGAACAACAUUGUGUUUUGCGACAUCAACGACUCCCAGUCGAAUCGCUGGAUCACAUCGGACGAGUUGGGUCGGGCGCUGCCGAAUUCCAUCGAGCUCUUACCAGGAGGCUUUUUAGCGAUCGGCUGCAGUGACGGGAAAAUCCGCAUCUGGAGCCCACGGUUGGGCAAGGUGUGCCACGUUAUCGAUAUGGGAACGGUCAAGGAGAUUCCGUUCUUGAUCUUGGUGCCGUCGGACGCGUCGUCGACACCAACCGUAUCACCAUCGACGUUUCGUUGCUACUUGAUCGCUGUCCACGUCGAUGGGAAAGCGAUCGUGUGGUGUGUGAACCGGCUGGCAAAUGCUGAAUUCCAGCAGUCGCGCGCGUGCGAGUUUGACUUGAAGGACGCCAACAAGCGCGGCGGUGCCAACCCAAACGUCGACUUGACGUCGUGCGGCUUUCACGAACUCAGACUGCUCGUGGAAGACAGUGUGCUGACCGCCGUGUCGAAAGAUGGAAACGUGCUGAUGUGGGACGUUUCCUUUCUUCGAAUCACACAGCAGACCAAGGAGCCGAGAGUCAACUUUAUCGGCGUCUUCCACACAUCGAAUGCAACGGCGCCGGUCAAGCCUCUCCAUGGGACGCUGCUGCUCGGGUCGAGCAAGCAUAGCUACGUAUACCUGUCCAGUUGCCACACGUCGAUGAUGAAUGUGACCGAGCUGCAUAAGGGCAAGGCCAAUGCAGACAUGGAGAUAGCUGCCCACCGAGUCGACGUGGUCAAGGAUGUGCGCAAUCUUCACACAAAGUUGUCGAAGAAGAUCAAGAUCAACACGAUGUCCCAAAGCCCGCGCAGCGCCAACUUGAUUGCUGCUGCGACCAACUACGGGCUGCUGCUGUUUUCCAUGCACUCGUACACGCGUCACACAGCUACCCUCGUGCCAAGCGCGGCCGCCAUUGUUCUCAACACGUCAACGCACCUUCGGUCCGUUGGGCUCGCGGAAAAAGGCAAGCGCGAGAUGCAUGCGCUCAAGUACCCGAACAAGGACUCGGUCGGCGUCGUCAUGAAGCACUCGACGUCCAACUACGUCGCUGUUUUGACGGGGACUCAUUAUGAGAUUGUGCACGUGGAUGCAGCAGCCGCGACCUAUCGCAUGGUACACUUCCAUCCGACGAGCGAAACCUGUGCGAGUGGCAACGUCUCGUUGAAGACAACGCCAGGACAGCCCGCGCGUGUCCCAUCCGCCGUCGCCUACUAUCCAUUCAUGAAAACCGUGAACUAGAUUGCAUCCGGGCCGGGGGUGUCCGUGGCAUGGCACAGCCAUUUGUUGCGCUUCGCCGUCUUGAUGGUACGUGUUUCGCUCGCUGCAAUAAUACGACGCCUCAUUCCAUCGAUGGCGCGAGUAAAGCCCGACGAAGACGAGAUGGCGAAACGCGCGCGCGCUGCCGUACCGACAGACAGCCCGCGCAAGAAGCUUGGAUUCUUUGGCAAAGCCGAGGAGGUUGCCGUGACGGG